AUGAAUUCGAUCCCGGAAGCGGAUCGAGCUCAGUCAAAGGAAAAAAUAGACCUUGACAACGAAUCGUCAUGUGAGCGAACACUUGGGUUACAGUGGCAUGUUAAGCAUGACCAUUUUGUGUUUGAUGUAAAUCUCCGUGACAAAGGUACGACAAGACGUAAUAUCUUGUCGGUUGCCAGUUCAUUGUAUGAUCCGCUUGGGCUUGUUGCGCCAGUGACGUUAACACCAAAAUUGAUUCUACAACGUGCUUGUAGAACAAACCUAGGCUGGGACGAACAAAUUCCAGAUGCGGAUGCUGAAAAAUGGUUGCAGUGGCUAGCCAGCCUACCAGCACUAUCGAAGGUAAGUAUAGAUAGAUGUAUAAUACCAGGUGAGCUCGACAGGUCAACCUUGACAGCUGAACUGCAUAUGUUUAGUGAUUCAUCUGAGUAUGCCUAUGGAUCGAGCGUGUACUUAAAAGUGUAUGACGCGAAGGGGCUCAGUAAAUGCAGUCUAGUUAUAGGUAAGUCUAGGUUAGCACCUAUAAAGGCUUUUUCGUUACCAAGACUCGAACUUGCAGCAGCUGUAGUUGCUGUAAAACUGUAUCAGAUUGUCAUAGAGGAGCUUGAUGUCAAAAUUACUGAAAGGUACUUUUGGACGGACUCUAUGAUUGUGUUAGGUUACAUAAGAAAUGAAACGAAAAGGUUUAAGACUUUCGUUGCAAAUAGACUAUCAAUAAUUCAUGAGGUGACGUCACCACAUGACUGGAGGUAUGUACCCUCAAAGCGUAACCCUGCCGACAUUGCGUCAAGGGGAGUUAAUCCGUAA